AUGAUCAAUGAUGGCCAUUCACAAAGGUUCAUUUGUUUGCUUUAUUAUUUUUCAACUCUCAAAGCAGUCUUUUCAUUAAUAGAUUGUUCCCAUCAUUCCUACAUUUUGGAAAGUUCCACCGUAAUCCCGGGAUCCGUUUUGGGGAUCAAUACGUCAGAGAAUCUUGAUGAUUGUUUAAAGAUUUGUUCACAGAAUCCAUCUUGUACAGCCGCAAAUUUUCUACUUUCUUCAAUUGAUCUCACUCAUUGUUUAUUGGUCGAUUCAUCGAAAACCGCGAAACAAUCCGAGAUUCCCCUUAAAGAACAUGGAAUAUAUUCGGCAAGGAAAAUUUGCAUUUCAGAAUCUUUCUCCACAAAUUGCCCCGAGAGACGAUGGUCAUUCGAGAGAUUUCCGAAUCGAAAACUCAUCGAUAAAAGAUUUUCUCUCAAAUCUUUUACAGGAAAUCUAUUCGAUGAUUGCUUAAAUGAAUGCGUUAAACACGAAAGUUGUAUGGCCGUAUUUUGGAAUGGGAAAUUGAAAGAAUGCCAAAUCGCCUCGAUAUCUCUACAAUCCGUUCACAAUUCACGUCAUUAUUUCGAUUUCGAUGAGGAGACGGAUUUGUAUGAGAGCAAUUGUGUACAAGCUUCCUCAACCCUUUCGACAUGUUCAUUUCUCGCUCUUCAUUCAGCCGGAAUCACUGAUCAUUUUGAUGAAAAAAUCUUGAAUAUUGUUGAUGCAAAAGCUUGCGAAAAUCGAUGUUUAGAGAGAAAAGAAGAAAAAGGGACAUGUCGAAUGUAUACUUAUGAUAGAGAUACGAAAAGAUGUUAUUUAUCGCAUUCAACGAGAAGAGAAUUGGGAAGAAAUGGAUUGCAUGGAGAGAUGAUCAAAAGCAAUUUGAUAAUGGGCGAAUUGGAUGAUUGUACACAAUUCACACUGAAAUGUAAACCCGAAUCAAUGGAAUUACACGCGACAUCGAUGAAACUUUUUGGUGGAGAAUUGAGAACGAAAAGAUCAAAGGAGAUUCUAUGCGAAAGAAAAAUCAAUCCAAAUUAUGCUUUUCAUCUUGAUUUACCAUAUGAGAAAUGUGGAAUGACGGAGAAAGCGUUCCCAUCUCGUUCCUAUUCGGGAAUCAUUUACUUGAAAGAGGGAAGCACACAAUUGAUCACCAUUCGAGAUAAAACAAUCCAGGUUCAUUGCCGUAUUCACACCCAAGGCGAGCCGAUUCUCGAUCAAACAGUGGCUGUUCAUAUGAAAGUCUCAGCUGGAAAUGAGACAACUUUAAGAAAUGGUCUCAUUGUACCGACCGGAUCCCUUCGUGUCCCAAUCAAAGCCACUUCAAAAUCAAAGUUCAACCUCCACUUUGAGAAGAAUGGCGUUGAAAGCGAUUUGAUCGAGAGAAAAGAAAAGGGGGAAAUCAUUAUCGAAAUUGAUGACAAAACAAACGAGAUCAAUCAAGAGUUCACCGUCAGAAAUCUCAUUUUACAUCGAGGAGGGCAAAUAAAGCCGAAAAUUCUCAUUGAUGAGAAUGGAUGUGUCUCCGAUCGAGAAAUGAUCAAAUCGAUGUCGAGAAAAUCCCCGAAUCGACUCGUGAUCAAAUUGGAUUUUGAUCGAUUUGAUGAAGAGACAGAUAUCUCAUAUAGUUCUCUUGUGGAAACAUGUUCAAUUAAUUGUAUGCCGGAAUGUAAUAAAGAUCUACUCAUAGAAGAUAUUGGUCAACUAUCAAGGCAACGAAGGAGAAGGUCAUUGACAUUGAAUGGAAGGAAUGUUCAGCUAUAUCAAGAUGUUUACAGGAUAAGUGGUGGUCGAAUGCGAAUUUUGAUGGGAAAUGGAACGGCAAAAGAAAACAAAUCGGAAAUUGAUGUUGAAGAGAUUUCCCCCUCCUCUUCCCUUUCCUCAACUCUAUCCAAUUGUGAUCUUUCGUGUUUUUUCACGAUUCUCCUCUCAUUUCUUCAACUUUUUCUUCUCAUCACGUGCAUUUGUAUUGCAUAUUUUUAUGCAAUGCAAUGGAGAUCUCAUCGAAGUGCGAGUCGAUCGUUCAAUUCAGAUCGAAUUCAAUACGAGAUACGGGAAAACUCUUUUCGGAAACCAUCAAAU